AUGCCGUCUAUCACCUCCCUUACCAACGGUACGGAAUUUCUCCCACCAGGGGCUUUUACCCACGGGGACCCAGACCUGAUAUGUGUACCAACACAAUGGUACGACAUUGCUAUUUUUAUAGUUGGUAACUACAUCGCGCAUGCUGCAACGGUGGUUACCGUGCCGGGCCAAAGUACGACAUGGACAGUACUCCAUAUCGUCUACGCCACGUUAUUCCCUGUUACAGGAUUUAUUAUGGGGUUGCGAACAAUCCUACGACUCGCCCUUCUAGGAAAGACAGAUCUUCAUAAGGCUGCACGGGCCGGCGCAUUAAUCAAGGUUGUGCGAAAGGGAGACUAUAAAAGUUCAAGUGGUGAAGCUAUCAUAUUAAGUAAAAACAAAUUGUGGAAACCAUCUAUCCACGGAACGUACACUCUACCUGAUGAAUACGCUUUUGCCCUGGUUCCCUCAAAUGCUGAAUUUCCAGUUGUGGUCGGAGGGCCCAAUGGCGAUCUAAGCCCUGCAAAUAUCAGUUCAACCUACAGCCCGGUCAAGACCAUUGUUUCCAUCGUCCAGCUAAUUUUCGCCAUUUCCACCAUUUACCGCUCCCGGGGUGAUCAAAUUGACCGCUUUGGCUACGCCGCUUUUGGACUUACAGUUAUCCAAUAUGCCAUCAUGUCCUUUAUUAAUUUGGUUGCCAACAUGACCUGUCCACAAUACUCCCAUUUAUACAUGGUCGAGACCGAACUUAUGCGGAACCUACGUGCCAAUUCAGAUGCGCAUUUCCAAGGCGUGGUUGGGAUUCUUCAAGAGGACGCAGACGACGUCUCCGGAGAAGAAAACCUUGCUGAGAAGAGAUAUGGACGCAGGAGAUAUAUACGCCUGGCAUGGCUACCUGUUGGCUUACUACCUACGGUACUCACUCUCUUGAUAAUACUGGGGCUUACAAAAUUCCAGCCUGGGAGCGAUAGCACGGAGACACAACUGGCAGCCUCUCAGAUUUGGUUGAUGUUUGGCGGCGCUGUAGCCUCUAUGCCUGACUUGAGGAAUGGGUGGCGCUAUUAUUUGGUGCGUUUACGUCUCUAUGAAAAUGCUAUGGGACUAUGGAUCGUGUACUCUAAUUUAGCAAAUGGAAUCUCUGGGGCUUUUGUUGUACAAUACUGA